AUGAAGCCGGAUAUCAAAGAUCGUGACUAUAUGUAUAGGCUCAUAAUUGGGCAAUUAUUCUAUGAUGGGCAUCAACAGCUAGCGUUGUCGUUGGCACAGGCAAUUGGAUGUGCUGCCCAACCUCCACCUCCAUCGGAUAAGCUCUUCCGCUUAGUGUCCAUCGCAAAACAAUUCGUGGAUGAUCCAGAGUCUAAGGAAAAACAAGCAUUGCAGUUCGAUGUUCUUUCUGCUGGAUUGGAUCUUGAAUUUGACGCUGAUGUCAUUCCAACUUCCGCAGAGCCUUGCAAUUAUGAGACAAUUUAUUUAACCUCCCACAAAUCUGCAUGUCGAACUGCAGCGUUCAAUAAUGAUGGAACUCUUGUGGCAACUGGCUCCGCUGAUUGUUCAAUCAAGAUCUUGGAUGUUGAGAGAAUGAUAGCUCGAGAAGUGAGAGGAGAAGUUAGUGAAAACGGUCCAGAUGCUAAUCAUCCUGUUAUCAGAACCCUUUAUGAUCAUCUUGAUGUAGGUUGA